ACGCUGGUAAGCAGAUGUUCCUCGUCGCAGAUAGUCCCUCAAGCGGAUUAAUACUUUGUUUACAAUGUGCGCUCUUCCCCACCCCUGCCAGCCUCCUGCGCUUGUGUAGUCGCACUCGGCGGCGUUGCCUGAUUCACUUGUUAUCCAGAGCUAGUUCUAGUAGUGAAGCUUGCGGCGUUGCCUGGACUUUGGAGGAUGGUUCAUAUCGCCUGAUGCCACAAAGUUCUGCUCGGAAUUCAGUGUGUGCUUGUCACAUUCUGCCGCUGUAUUCAACAUUUCUCUAGACCGGGUGUGUGAGGCGUGAUGCAGGAGUCUAAGGCGGAGGCAGCAUCGGGAGGUGGCGGAGCAGCGUGUGAGGGAGGAGACAGCAGUGCCAGAGCUGAGGAGCAGCCCAGCGCAGGCUCUCCCACCACCCAGACAGCAGAGGCCACCCUGCCACAUACGCAACAGGCUCUUCAAGUUGCACAACAGUUUCAGCAACAGCAAGAACAACAACAACAGCAGCAACAGCAGCAGCCGCAGCAACAGCAGCAGCAGCAGCAGCCGGCAGUAAAGAGUGGAGGGAAAUCCCCCAAGGCCUCCGACGCAGACACAGACACACAGGUCCAGGCUGCGUUGGCCCUCAUGUCUCCACAGCUGGUGUCGGCCCAGCAGGUGCAGCAGCUGUUGCAGCAGCAAGUCCUCUCCCCCCCACAGCUGCAGGCAUUACUACAGCAGCAGCAAGCCCUACUGCUACAACAGACUCAGCUUCAGGAGUUCUAUAAGAAGCAGCAGGAGGAGCUCCACAUCCAGCUCCUACAGCAGCAGAAGGAGAAGGAGAAGGCCGGCAAACACAGCCAAGAGCAGCUGAUGGUGCAGCAGUUGGCGUUUCAGCAACAGCUCCUGCAGGCCCAACAGCAACAGCUCCUCGCCCUGCAGAGACAAGGACUACUGCCUAACAAAGGUCUGUCAGCGUUGGACCUGCAGCACCUGUGGAAGGACUCCCAGAUGGGCUCGGGGGACGCUCGGCCAAGGGACGACCGGGGGGACACGUCACCCACCACGGCCCACAAGCCCCCCCUGGCCACCAUGCACCACCACGCAGCCACCAACGGCCACCACGCACCCCCACGACCCCCCAGGAAGGACGGGUCCCAGGAGGGUCAUAGCCAGGCCAACCACCCCCUCUACAGCCACGGGGUCUGCAAGUGGCCCGGCUGCGAAGCCGUCUUCGGGGACUUCCAAGCCUUCCUCAAGCAUCUGAAUAACGAGCAUGCGCUGGACGACAAGAGUACGGCUCAGUGCCGUGUGCAGAUGCAGGUGGUGCAGCAGCUAGAGCUGCAGCUGGCGAAGGAUAAGGAGCGUCUUCAGGCCAUGAUGGCGCACCUGAGAGUCAAGUCCAACGAGGCCAAACCACCACCUCCACCGCUGCCACCACCACAGCCUGUGAACCUGGUGUCCAGCAUGACCCUGGCCAAGGCGACGGUGCCCAAGACGCCGAUGCCCAUGAGCCUGUCCCAGUCGGCCAUGGCCCCUUCCACGCCACUCACGCCCCUCCCCCACUCCCCCUCCGUCAUCAUCCCCGGCGGCAUGCACGGAUCAGGUUCCGGGCCCUCGCGGCGACGCCUCUCAGACAAGUACGGGGGCUCCAUGAACCAAGAUAUAGUCCAAAACAAGGAGUUUUACUCCAGCGCUGAAGUCAGACCACCCUUCACGUAUGCAUCUCUAAUACGCCAGGCUAUUUUUGAAUCUCCGGACAGGCAGCUGACACUAAACGAGAUCUAUAACUGGUUCACACGAACAUUCGCCUACUUUCGGAAGAACGCAGCCACAUGGAAGAAUGCAGUGCGGCACAACCUGAGUCUGCACAAGUGUUUUGUGCGCGUGGAGAACGUGAAGGGAGCUGUGUGGACCGUGGACGAGCUGGAGUUUCAGAAGAGGAGGCCACAGAAGAUCACCGGGUCUCCCUCCAUAGUGAAGGGCAUCCAGUCCAGCCUGGGCCACAGUCCUGCCUUCUCAGCUCUACAGGCGGCCAUGUCUGAGAGCAGCCUGCCCCUGUACGGCUCUGCGUCCCUGGGCAAUGCUGGCCUCCACUCCCUGGCCUCCGCCAUGCGCCACCAGCUCAACGGCAGCAAGGACCACGACAUGGACAGCUCCUACAGUGACACCAGCGCUGACCUGUCACCCCCACCCACACUGUACCCCUCGUCUCGUGUGAAGCAGGAGCAGCUGGAUGUGGAUGAGUACGAGGGCAGUGGCUCUCCGGAGCUCAUGAUGGACGAGCGCAGCCCCGACAUGAUGGACCACGAGCAGGACUACGAGGCCUCAGACGCAGCCCUCUUCUCCUGAGGAACACACACACACACACACACACACACACACACACACACACACACACACACACACACCUUAAGACCUGUCAUACUCACAGUCUGAGGGUGUCCGUCGUGGACCAGUGACACACACACACACACACACACACACACACACACACACACGCACA